GUCUGAUCGGAAAAGUUCAACAGAUGAUGCGGAACAUAGAAACACGCUAUUGGAAGUUAGCUAGCUAGCCAGGAUGAUAACGUAGCUAUCUAUCGUAUUUCAGCACAUCGAGGAAGCUAAUUAAUUUAUCGCCAUGGACACACGUCGGACAGCAGGACGAGGCAGCACAACAUGUGUUUUCAUGGCGUUAGUUGUAGCGACGUGUCUUGAAACCAUUCGUGCUUUCGGCCACAGCCAAGACAGCGAAUUCACCUUUAUCUUACCAGCCGGAAGAACCGAGUGCUUUUUCCAAACAGCUGCGAAGAACGUUACCAUGGAAGUGGAGUAUCAGGUGAUAGCCGGUGCAGGUAUGGAUGUAGAUUUCACCAUUCUCUCUCCUCACGGAUUCCAGCUCAUCUCUGAGUUCCGCCGCUCAGACGGAGUCCACAUUGUGGAACCCACGGAGGAAGGAGACUACCAGAUCUGUUUUGACAACAGCUUCAGCCGCUUCUCUGAGAAGAUGGUCUUCUUUGAGGUCAUCAUCGAGGGACAGCCGGGCGACGUGGGCGGGGAUGACGAGUGGGCGGGGCUUGGAGAGCCUGAGAGCCUAUUGGAGUACAAGCUGGAGGACAUUAGGGAGUCAAUAGACUCAGUACACCGUCGAUUAGAGAGAAGUCGUCAGAUGCAGACGGUACUGAGAGCGUUUGAGGCCAGGGACCGUAACCUGCUAGAAGACAACCUGUGGAGGGUCUCCUUCUGGUCCUGUACCAGUCUCAUUGUAAUGCUGGGGGUCGCACUAACUCAGGUCUAUACCGUCCGCAGACUGUUUGACGAUAAGAGGCGUGUCUGUACAUAACAGACACGCCCACUCUGCCACCUCACAGCCAAUCAGGGGAAGAGAAGAGAGAAGACGAGGAGGAAGCAGAAGAGUAAAUGACCUGCGUCACAAAUUGCACCUUAUUCCUUAUCUAGAGCCCAUCUCUGGUCAGAAGAUCUUUAUUUAACUAGGCAAGCCAGUUAGGAUUUACCUAGAGGCAGAACGACAGAUUUUUACCUUGUCAGCUCGGGGAUUCGAUCCAGCAACCUUUCAGUUACUGGCCCAACGCUCUAACCACUAGGCUACCAGCCGUGCCUAGUACUGCACUGUCUAGGGAAUAGGGUGCUAUUUGGGACACUCCUUUGCCAUCUGGGCUCAACACGGUGCCUUUUACUCCCUGGGUGGUGUUCAUUAGACACAGAACUAGACAACAGAAAUGACAAGAGGUUCUGCCUCCAUUUGUCCAAUGAGAAUGUUCACUUUUGCAUUCCCGGAAAAAGAAAAAAAAAUUCCGCCCUGUUUGUGCUUAUUGGACUUAUGGUCCCAGUCUGCCCCUGAGUCAGUCAUCAUUUACCCACAAUGCAUCAAGGAUGUGAUCCACUCAAUAGUGCACGUUGGGUUUAAAUCUCUCUAGUAAUUGAAUUUCUAUGGUUCCUCCUAUUUUACCAGAACAAGCCCCACCCAACCCCUAAUGUCCUUCUUCUCUCAUUGGUCCAUGUCUUUGUGACCUGUUGUGGGUAGCCAAUCACCUUUUUUUGGUAUUACUGAGUUUUAUGUGCCAGUAAGAUUCUAUGCUGAUAUCUAGAUGAACAGGUAUGUUUGUGGGGGGUUUUCAAUGUGGGGAUGUGUGUGUGUGUGGGGGAUGUGUGUGUCCAUCUAACUUGUGUGGUAUAGGGGACAGAAACAGUUUACAGAGAACCUAGUUUACCAUUGAUCCUAACGCUUUUGCUACGUCCCAAUCCUCCACCCCCCCAAGUGUAUACUUGCCUGGCACACUCCCAGUCAUGGGUUUAAUGGCUGAAUCUCCCUCCAGCCAAUGACUACACUAUUCCAAUGCUUUUUAAAACCAGAACAAAAAGUGUGUGAGUGCACACUGGGAGAUGGGUGGAGAAUUUGGAGGCAACCUGUGAUUGUAACUAAGAAGGGAGUGGUACUUUGAUCAUUCUUAACCAUGUUGCCAUGGCAGCCAGUGAUUUUAAUGUUGUUUUUUUACACAAUAAAAGACGGGACAUUUUCAUUUGA